GAGUACAUUCAGCCGGCUGCCCCCUUGAGCGCUCCUCCGCCAUCCACUGGCAAUCUCCAGUACAUGGUGACUGCGGGUCCCGCAACGACGCUCUCUGCGCCCAAUGCUCCUCUGCAGCUCGCACCUUCCACUCACCCUCCACCAGUGCUGCCGCCUCCGCCUCCGCCCCGGCCUCCCGCCGUUCCCGGCGCAAGCACAAUUGCACCUGCGAGAGUAGGGCAGACCGCGGAUGCCAGCAGGAUGGGCGCCUUCGGCCCUGCACAGGCGAACGCGGCGGACGCAUCCGCUGUCGCCACCACAAGUGCGCAGGUAAUCAGCGGAGCUGUCGGCUCCCUCCAUGGCGGGAGCGGCAGUCUUCAUCCCAGCGGCAUGGGGGGAGGGGGGGCGCUCUACAUGCCUAGCACGGCUACUGCAGGCAAUCAACAACAACACAUGGGCGGUGCCGGCCGCAUGGGAGGUUAUGGCGGCGGGGAAGGGCAAGGGACUGCUGCUGCUGCUCUUCCCGCCUCUGCCUCUGCAGCACCGCCAGCAGCUGGAGUUGGAGAGGGAGGGGGGGGCGGAGCAGCAGCAGCAAUGGGAACGACAACAGCGGCAGCGGCGGCCAAACCCCCGCCACCACCUGGUACCUCUCUUCCCCCACCAUCAACAAGCGGGAGAAGACAAGAGACGGAAGCAGAGAGGGCGGCGAGAAAGAAGAUGGAGUAUGAGAAGCGCAAGGAGGAGGAAAGAAGGAAGGUCGAAUAUGCGAAAAAUCAUCAUAGGCAUCAUCAUCAGCAACAGCAACACUACAGUCAGCAUCAUCAUCAUCGCCAUCAUCAGCAGCAGCAGGGGCACAUGUCCCAUCAAAAGCCCUCCCAUUCAGUAGCCGGAGGAGGAGGAGGAGGAGGAGGAGGAGGAGGAGGAUCUUCUGCAGCUCAACAGGAUAAACACCGAGCAAGCACGGGCAGCAGCGGGCAGUCGCGGUCGCUGACGCUGCCAUCGACAGCAGGAGGAGAAGGGGAAGAAGCUGGAGCUCUGACCACAAUACCGGAAGGGAGUGUAGCAGCUGCGGAGAUUGGGGGGGGAGUAGGAGUAGGAGAAGACAUAGGAGCAGCAGCAGCAGCAGCAGCAGUUGUUCUCAAGUCAUCAGAGAGGCAAAGGAGAGAUGGUCAUUCCCGCGAGCGUUAUCGAAGUGGAGGAAGUCGCCACGACGAUCACCAUCAGUAUCGUCAUCGUCACUAUCAACACCGGCACGGGGAGAAGGGUGGUGGCUCCUUAGCUCCGCCUACUCUUGAACCCAGAGUGGAGAAUCGGUUAAAGCGGCAGUCUACCUUCGUCUGCAAGGUCCGCUUCCAGAACGAGUUGCCGGAGCCCAUCUCGCACCCAAAGCUGCUUCACGUGGCAAUGGGAAGGGACAGGUACACGAAGUACUCCGUGACAUCCUUGGAGAGGAGGUACAACCAUAGGCUGGUAAUGGAGCCGGACCUCGGGAUACCGUUGGACCUGCUAGAUCUGACCUCUUACAAUCCACCACGUGUGCGGCCGGAGAUGGACCCGGAAGACGCCGAGCUGAUCAGAGACGACAUGCCAGCCCGCUCGUCCGCCAUCGUGGUGAAGGAGCGCCCCGUGGACAAGGGGAUGAAUUGGCUAGUGAAGACGCAGUACAUAUCGCCUGUGGGACUUGAACCCGCAAAGGUGCCAUUGACAGAGAGAGAAGCGAAGCAGAAGAGGAUGUCGAAGGAAGGUAUCAUGGCGGACAUCGAGGCUCACACGAGCAUAGAGAAGCAGAUUCGAGCAAUAGAGGAAUCGUUUGAGAAGGCGAAGACGAAACCUGUGCAUCAGACGAAGGAUGUGUAUGUGGAAGAGAUAUGGCCGCUCUUGCCGGACUUUGACAGGUGGCCUGACACCUUCGUGCACUUGACAUUCGAUGCGGAUCCCACCGCAGACUGCGUCAGUCAUCUUCAUCUGGAGCCCAGCGAACACCAGGAGCUGCAGGCUCGUGCCAUCUUGAAGUUCACCGACAUGGGAGAUGGGAGGAUGGAGAAGGUGGUGGCAUACAUGGCACCGUCGGCGGAGGCUUUUGAGAGGGAUCCCGACGCCGACCGGAUGGAUUACACGUGGGUCAGAGAGUACACGACCCAGUCCCGACCCGAUGACAGCGGCCGGGAGCAGUACUUGUUCUACUUCGACGACGGCCGCGUCACAUACUUGCCGCUGAAUAAGAUGAAGGUAACCCUGCAGAAGAAGAAGGUAAAGGAAGGGAGGACGAUGGAGAAGGAGGAGGAGAAUGAGAUACCUAUUCCGUCUAAAAUCACUGUGAAGAGACGCAGAGUGAGGUAUGUGGACGACGAGCAGAGACAUAGCCAGAGGAGGAAGCUGAUGGAGGAUAGCACGGAGAUAGCGCAGGAGGGAGCGGCGGCUUUCGCACCAGUCGAGCGGGAGGAGGAGGAAGAAGAAGAGGAGGAAGAGGAGGACGAGGAGCUCUUGAGACCUUUUGCAAGGCAGGAGGAGAAUAGGGGUGGGGAAGCUAUGGAGGAGGAGGAGGAGGAGGAGGAGGAGAGGAAGGGGGAUGGCGAGGAGCACAUGGAAGCAGAGGGAGAACCGGAGGAGAGAAUGCGAGAGGAGGGUGAGGAGGAGAUGGAGGGAUACGAGGAGGAGAGGAGGACGGGGAGAGAGGAGGGGGAUGGAGAAGAGGAGGAAGAAGGCGUGGUCAGGAGGGAGCCGGCUGAAUAUGAGGAGGAAGGUGAACCGACCGGGAGAGAACGGGACGAAGAACACGAGGAGAUGGCAGAAGGCGAGGAGAGAGAGGAGGGAGAGGAUGAUCAGGAAGGCUAUGGCGGGCAUGAAGGUGAUGAAGACGAUGGGGGCGAAGGUGAAGGGCGCAGCAGCCCACACGAGAGGGAGAAUAGGGAAGAUCUGGAAGAGGAAGAGGAAGAGCAGGAAGAAGUGCAGGAAGAGGAAGAGGAGGAGGAGGGGGAGGAGGAGGAGGAGGAGGAGGAGGAGGAGGAGGAGGAGGAAGAGAACUUCCGGGGUCGUUCGCGUUCUGCUACCCCUGAUGGCUCAGAAGACUACGACGAUGUGGACACUCGUCGCUACGACUAACCCAAGCCUGGGUUUAAUUGUUUGGGGGCCGGGGAGGGGGCGGAUGGUAGAAAUGCAGCCCAUCUGAUUCUCUGCUCGUGCUAGGCCUUCUGUGUGUAGAGGGUCUCUCCUGACUGUACCCACGGUAGCACUUUGUGGGCUGGUUGGUAUUAUAUGGCCUGUGUGAUUUCACGUGGGUUGAUGUCACUUAGGUUGAUCCCACGUGCGUUGAUGUCAUGUGGGUUGACGUCAUGUGGCUUGGCUAGUACGAUUCAAUUGGGAAAAAAAAAACAAAAAAAAACACACUAAUGGUCCUUCUAGCACUGUGCGGCGUCGGCCGAGCAAUGUGGACUGGAUGGUACUAACAUGGACACCCACAAAAAAAAAGGAACACAAACACAUUGCCAUGACAAUACCCCACUUUUGUCUUGUCUUAUUACCAUCCACACAGGAAGGAAAAUUCUCCAUACACAUGGUGCGCACUUUCAAUGUCCGCACAUUGGCGCCUAACAAAUUGGCCACACUGUU